GGGGCCAGCCCGGCCCCCGCCCCCGGCCCCGCCCGUGCGCCUGCGGGGCGCGGGGACUCGGCGGGCAGCGCGGAGCGGGAGCCGGACGCCGCGGCCAGCGCCAGCGCCACCUGCGCGGCCGUCACCAAGAUGUCAUGGCACCCCCAGUACCGCAGCUCCAAGUUCCGCCAUGUCUUUGGCAAAGCAGCCUCCAAGGAGAACUGCUACGACUCCGUCCCCAUCACCCGGAGCGUCCACGACAAUCACUUCUGCGCCGUGAACCCCCACUUCAUCGCUGUGGUGACUGAGUGUGCCGGUGGAGGGGCCUUCCUCGUCAUCCCCCUGCAACAGACAGGAAAGCUCGACCCCCACUACCCGAAGGUCUGCGGGCACCAGCGGAACGUCCUGGACAUCAAGUGGAACCCCUUCAACGACUUUGAGAUCGCCUCGUGCUCGGAGGAUGCCACGGUUAAGAUCUGGGACAUUCCUAAGCAGAUGCUGAUGAGGAACAUCACCACCUGCCGGAAGGAGCUGCUGGGCCACGCCCGCAGGGUGGGCCUGGUGGAGUGGCACCCCACGGCCGCCAACAUCCUCUUCAGCGCCGGCUAUGACUACAAGGUGAUGGUCUGGAACCUGGAUACGCCAGAGUCUGUCAUCACGAGCCCUGUGAAGACGAUUCACUGUCACCAGGACGUGAUCCUCUCCAUGUCCUUCAACGCGGAUGGCAGCCUGAUGGCCACCUCUUGUAAGGACCGCAAGAUCCGGGUCAUUGACCCUCGCUCAGGGACCAGCCUCCAGGAGUCCAGCUACAAGGAGCACCGUGCCAGCAAAGUCUUGUUUCUGGGGACCCUGAAGAAGCUCUUGUCCACAGGCACCUCCCGAUGGAACAACCGACAGAUGGCCCUGUGGGACCAGGACAACCUGGGCAUGCCCAUCGUGGAGGAGGACCUGGAUGGCUCCUCAGGUGUGCUGUUUCCCUUCUUUGACGAGGACACCAACAUGCUCUACAUGGUGGGGAAGGGAGAUGGGAAUAUCCGCUACUAUGAGGUGAGCGCCAACAAACCUUACCUCAGCUACCUGACCGAGUACCGCUCCUCCAAUCCACAGAAGGGGAUCGGUGUUAUGCCAAAGAGAGGUCUGGACGUCUCUUCCUGUGAGAUCUUCCGGUUCUACAAGCUGAUCACAACCAAAAGCCUCAUCGAACCUGUUUCCAUGAUCGUACCCCGGAGGUCGGAGUCCUACCAGGAGGACAUCUACCCCCCCACCGCAGGGGCGCAGCCUUCCAUGACGGCCCAGGAGUGGCUCAGCGGGAUGAAUAAAGGGCCCGUCAUGAUAUCCCUGAGGCCCGGCUCCGAGCCGCUGAACCUCCAGCCCCAGCCCAGCCCCCAGGUGGUGGCCCCACAGAGACCCACUUCCAACCCCAUGCCCCCCACCUCGCCCCGGCCCCUGGGCCACGCGGAAAAGCUGGCCGUGGAAGAUGGUUGGCGGCCCGGCUCCGGGGCCGUGGACAAGACGUCCCGGAGGGACCUGGAGCAGCAGGCGGAGGAGAAGAGGACCUGGGUGAUGAACGGCAUGGACAUCUUCGACUACCCGCCACCCAAGACGGAGAACGAGCUGCGGAAAAUGUUCUAUAAGCAACAGGAGGAGAUCCGGCGGCUCCGGGAGCUGUUGAUGCAGCGCGACGUGCAGGCCAGACAGCUGGAACUGGAGAUCAAGAACCUGCGUACGGGCUCGGAGAGGUUCUGAGCAGAGAAAACGAAACCCUCAGUCGCUGAAAGAUUCCCAUGGGAUGCGGUGCCGGUUUUUCUAUUUGCCUUCUCAAAACAGCAUUUUCUGAAUUGACUCUCUCGACGAGAACCUUGCCUUCUGUGGAACUCUGUCUUGGGUGGGGCGGGAGGCGGGGGGAGACGGUGUUCAGGGAUGAGCUUGGCUUCUAGAGGUGGGGUGAAAAUGGAGUGACGCCGAGCUGGUAAGAAUGGGGGAGACCCUGCGGGAAGACUGGUCCCCCCUCCCCAUUCCAUCAACCCCAUUCCCGAAGCAGACAGGCCCUCCUCCUUUCUGUUGAUUGGCAUCUCUGGAGUACAUCAUUCUGCUAAACCUCUCUUCCCCAACAACUUCCUUUUGUUUACAGAUGGGGAAACUGAGGCACGGGGUACGGCCAGAGAGUUCUUGUCCCGAGUCUGGGCUUGGCCGUUCUCGGGCUGACCUGUCCUUCCAGCUGUGCCCUUGGCUUGCUCGGUGCUCUCUGAUGAAACAUUUCCCCCUUCCGGGCUCCUGCCCUCCAUCUUCCCGCAAGGGUGGGGAGAUGGGGCAGGGAGUCCCAGAGGUGCUGCUCCCUACAGGAUCUGCCCCGGACCCUGAGAACCCCGGGCCUGGGCCUGAUGGCAUUUACCUGGAGGCCAGGGGAGCUGAGCUCUCGGCAGGCACUCACAGGCCGUGAGCAAAGGGGCCGAGGGACACUUUCCAUCAGGGAAAUGAGUGGGGGUCCAGCUCAAUUCUAGAACACAGACAGCCCCCUAGCGCCCAUUCCUCAGCCCCGAUCAGCUGGGUUGGAGGUAGACCCUGUCCCUUCUGCGGGGUGUCCCCAGCCAUGUCACAUGCUCUGGGACUUCACACUCCUCGAAAACUGAGGAGGCCCUCAGGGCAAACACACCUGCUCCGGAUCUCGGGGGGUGAGGAGCGGCAGAGCCCCCCGAGUCCCCAGCCGGCCUUCGCGUGCCUAUGUCCCUCCGUGACGAAUCUCUGCGACUCUACCAUGGUUUUCUUUUUCUUGGUGUUCAGUACCAGCUAGAGGUCUCGGGGGAAGGGGGCAUGACUGAAAAUUAAAUGCAUCCCCUCCCGACUCGGGGGUAUCGGGUGAUGCUAGAGCCAUGGUUCUGGAGUGCUGGGGACCCCAAAGCCUGGCAGGGUCCGACUGAAGAAGCUUCAGCCCCCACCGCCACCCCCCCACACCCUCCCCACUAUUGGCGCAGACUCCCCAGAGCAGGGUCUGGUCUUGUGGAUGGUACAAGCCCCCAGGCGAUGCCCAGGGCAGUGAGGAAGGCGAACCGGGCCUCCUCCAUCUCUGUCUGCAGUGAAGAUGGAGGCCAGUAGGAGGCGGCGGAGCUGGGACUCCAACCCAGAGUCUAAGACCUGCCUGGGGACCCCUGGACAGAACAUUCAAGAGUCUUGGUCCCAAGUUGUCCCCCUGCCCUUCCCCGCCCCCCCGUGCCCCAGGUCUCUGGAUGCUCCGGCUGCAGUAACACAUUGGAGUGUUGUGCCCUUGGCUACCCCUGCCUAAGACCACGGCUGAGUUCCCACCUGCCAACACGCACCGGCCACCCCACUCCUCCUCUUAGCCUCACUUGACUCCGUCUCGGGGACUGGCCGAGCUCGCCAAAGGUCAGACUCCAAGAUGUGGUCAGGGAAGCGGGUCUCAGGCCGAGGGCCCCUCCCUCUCCUGCUUCCCCGUUUACAGCCCUCCCUCCUCCACACCCGCCCUGCGGGAUGGCCGGGGUGAGAAGGGAAGGCCUGGCUUCCCAGUGAAGAGGCACCAUGACCAAAGGCACGGACUGCCACGGGGUCCCCGGGCGGGGUGGGAGGCUGGGGUCCUCGCCUCAUAGCCCCCGCCUGCAACGAGACCCACACCUCACGCUUCUUAAAGACAAUACCCAGACAUCGUUGAACAAACUUUUUUUUUACAUCAGAAUAAAUUAUUUAAAUUAUUUUACAACAAGGGAAGAGGGAUAGGUAAUUUUUAUCAAUAUUUUUAAAGCCAUUAAAAUUUGUUUUUAUGUUCUAGACUGAGGAAGUAGAACUUACCCAGCAUUUGACUGGGUGAGGCCUCCCUGUAAGAUGAGCAGAGGGUGCCCGCCCCCCCCCCCCCCCCCGCUCUUUUCUUCAUAGCCUGGGACACCCCACCCCCUACCCUGCCCCUCUGCUGACUGCUGACUCAGGAACUUUCUGAGAAUGAAGACUGAAUUGGGAGAUGAGUUUUGGGGUGGAUCCACCUUAGCUCUCUACAAAUUAUUAUUCUUCCUGGAACAAAACUUGAGAUUGUAUCAUAGAGGGAAACAAGAAGUUAGAAAUCAAUCUAUGCUUUUCAUAUGAAACCGUGCCUGAAACUGAUUGGUUUAAUGUUUCUGUAAUUCCUUGAACCUUUGUAAAAAAAAUAAUAAAAGUGAAAAUAAAUAUGGAAUUGUGCAAUGGAAAGAAUGUAACGAUAAUAAACACCUACCUAGACAUUUUAA